AUGUCUCAAUUUGUAUCAUCACGAACAGAGGAUGGAAAGAGAAAAAUUAAUGACCAUUCGACAAGUAGUGCUCAACAAGAGGAUGAUCAUAUUAAAAAGAGAAAGGUUUCCGAUAGCGAUCGUUCAAAUAUGACCACAUCCGUUCAAUUUUCGCAACAACAAAUAUAUGAGUACAUUAAUCAAAGAAAUUUUGAACAAGCUUUGGAUUUGUUGAUGAAAUGGAUGAAUUCCGAUCAAGCUACUGCCGAUGAUAGUGGGCACAUUUUUGAAUAUUUAAAAAAAAUUCACAAAUUUGGGUUUAAUAACUUUUCGAGCGUAUUCCGAGAUUUGGAAGAUGAUCAACAUCAAAACGAUUGCAAAAAGUUACUUCUUGCAUGCAUGAACUGCGGACGAUGUGGACAUGCAGCUGACUUUGAUAAGGCAAGGUUAUUAUUUCAAUCGGAUUCUCUUAAAUCUCACUACCUUUCUCAAAACAUGAUGGGAAAUCUUUACUUUGAAGGAAAAGGUGUACCCAUCAAUUACAUCAAAGCAAAAGAAUACUACGAGUUGGCUGCACAACAAAAUUAUUCGAGUGGUGUUCACAAUAUGGGAAAUAUGUAUUACUAUGGUCACGGAGUGGCUCAAGAUUAUAUGAAGGCCAAAGAAUGCUUUGAGCUAGCGUCCCAAAAAGCACUAUUAGAGAUUACAUGUCACAAUAAUUAUGCAUUUGAAAAUCAUUAUUCAGAAGCAAUGUGUGCACUCGGAAUGUUAUUUCAGUUUGGGUUGGGAGUCGAUCAAAGUCAUGAAAAAGCGAAAGAAUGUUAUGAAGCUGCAGCGAAACAUCACUCAGCCAAAGCUUAUUAUAACCUAGGUGUCAUGAAUUACUUGGGACAUGGAGUACCCAUAGACAUGGUCAAAGCCAGAGAAUACUACGAGUUGGCUGCAGCACAAAAUCACUCUGAUGCCAUCAACGAAAUGGGAAACUUGUAUUUCAAUGGAGAUGACGUUGUCCAAAGUUAUGAAAAAGCAAGAGAAUACUAUGAGAGAGCUGUACAACUGAACAACACUGAGGCCAUGCUUACCAUGGCAGAAAUGUUUGAACAAGGUUUAGGAGUCACUCCAAAUUUCGAACAAGCUGCGAAAUAUUACAAAAUGGCUUCAGAUCUAAAUGACCCUACUGCGCAAUAUCAUUUGGCUGUGAUGUAUGCAGAUGGUAUUGGUGUGCCUCACAAUGUAACACGAGCAAUUUAUUAUUUCGAGUUGGCAGCAGCACAAAGCUUUUUCGACGCUCAAGAGAAAAGUAACGAGUUGCGAUUGAAAAGAUUUUGUUUGAAUUUUAGCAGUGCAAUGCUCAAAAACGCUGAAGCUUCGAUUUCUUUUUCAGAUGUGAACAUUGUUGCCUUGGAUGAGCUGGAAAACGAAUAG